AUGAAAUUAUUGAGCAUUUUAAGCGGGGCGUCUUUAGCAACUGCAGCAUUAUCCGGUGAUAAUCGUAAAGAAAGUUCAUCUAAUACGCCACCUAUUGUAGUCAAAGGUAAUGCAUUUUUUAAUUCCGCAACUAAUCAGCGGUUCUAUAUCCGUGGUGUAGAUUACCAGCCCGGUGGAUCUUCAUUAUUGAGUGAUCCUUUGGCCAGUACAGAGGUGUGUGGACGUGACAUUGAGUAUUUUAAAGAGCUCGGAAUCAAUACUGUUAGGGUUUACACCGUUGACAACACUGCUAAUCAUGACGAGUGUAUGUCAAAACUGGCAGACGCUGGGAUUUAUCUCAUAGUAGAUGUUAAUACGCCCACUGCUUCACUUUCAAGGAGUGAUCCUAAAUGCUCUUACAAUGCCCAUUAUUUGCAGAGUAUUUUUGCAACAAUUGAUGCAUUUGAGAAGUAUGAUAAUGUUCUUGGGUUUUUCGCUGGUAACGAAGUUAUCAAUGAUGAGAAAACGACCAAUACUGCGCCUUAUAUAAAGGCCGUAGUAAGAGAUAUGAAGAAGUACAUGAAGGCAAGGAACUACAGGAGAAUUCCAGUGGGUUACAGUGCAGCUGAUGUCGCACAAAACCGUCUAGAAGUAGCUCAGUACUUCAACUGUGGUGACGACGAAGAUGCUAGAAUUGACAUGUGUGGUAUUAACGAUUAUUCUUGGUGUGGACAGUCCUCUUUUGAGGUCUCUGGCUACUCCGCCAAGAUGAAACUAUACGAAAACUACUCUAUACCCAUCUUUUUAUCGGAGUUGGGUUGUAACAUGGUUCCAACCUCUAGACCAUUCACUGAAAUGGAAGCCAUUUAUUCUUCGAAAAUGUCUUCCGUCUUUUCUGGUGCAUUGGUCUACGAAUAUUCUGAAGAACCAAACCACUAUGGUCUAGUAAAGAUUGAUGGUGACAAAGUAACUAAACUUGAUGAUUUUCAAAACUUGAAGAAUAAAUAUGCAGAAGUGAAGAACCCUGAAGGUGAUGGUGGCUACUCAGAAUCUAAUAAACAUUCUACUUGCCCGGAAGUGAAGUCCGGUGUAUGGGAAGCAAGCAACGUUUUGCCAGAUAUGCCUAGUGCUGCAUCUGCGUUAUUUAAGAACGGUGCUGGUACUCCAUUAGGUACUGGCGUUGCGACCCAGCAAAUGUGCGGUGAUAAUAGUCCUGUUGGUGGUGGCAGCGGUGGUAGUGGUUCUGGAGGCAGCUCAUCUUCCCCUCCUGCUCAUUCUACUUCGAGCUCAUCCACAAGCUCUUCUCCAAGCUCUUCGAUUCAAUCGUCACACUCAACUAAGUCUACUCAUUCAAGUAGCUCAAAAGGUGGUGCAGAUCAGGUUUUCCGGGCUCCAGCAUUUGCCACAGUAAUGAUGUUUAUCGCAAAUAUUCUUUUGUGA